AUGAGUGACGAUAAAGUGAAAGAGGUUCGUAAAGAGACUAAGAAGGAAAAGAAGGAAAGAAAGAAGGAAAAAAAAUUGAAAAAGGAGGAAAAAGCUGACAAAGAAGUAAAUGAAGACACUAAUGACAGUGAAGAAGAUGACGAAGAGGUCAGUAAGGAAGAACAAGAGCAAAUCGAAAUCGAUUUAAACGCAGGUGUUCCCCUUUCCAAGAAACAACAACGUUUGUUAAAGAAGGGUAAAUUAAACUUACAAAGAUUAGCAGCUAAAAAUCCGGCCCCCAAACCAAUUUUAACUAAAGAAGAGGAGGAAGCCGAAGCUAAAAAACUGAAAAAAUCUCCAUUUGGUGUUUGGGUUGGUAAUUUAUCAUUCGAUACUAGUAAAGAGGAUAUAGUCAGAUUCAUAAUGGGUAAGACCAAUGACUUCAUAUCAAUAAAUGAAAGUAAUGAAGACGAUGAUAAAGUUAAAGUUGAAAAUAUUGAUAUUACUAGAAUCAAUUUACCUAAAAAGGGAACCAAGAUCAAAGGUUUUGCAUACUUGGACUUACCAAGUCAAAAACAUGUUAACACUGUUGUCUCAUUAAGCGAAUCAAUAUUAAACGGACGUAAAUUAUUAAUCAAAAAUAGUAAUUCAUUUGAAGGACGUCCAGAAAAAGACCAAAAUGAUACCGCUAGUUUAUCUAAAAAUCCACCAUCUAGAAUUUUAUUCGUUGGUAACUUAUCGUUUGAUACUACCCAAGAUCUUUUAGAAGAACAUUUCCGUCAUUGUGGGGAUAUUGUUAAAAUCAGAAUGGCUACUUUUGAAGAUUCUGGUAAAUGUAAAGGUUUUGCAUUCAUUGAUUUCAAAGAUGAGUCUGGACCAACCACCGCAUUAAAAUCAAAAUUAGCUAAAAAAUUAAUCAAUAGACCAUUAAGAUUAGAAUACGGUGAAGAUAGAUCAAAAAGAGUUCCUGGUCAACGUAAAAGACAAGCAGAAGAAGGUUUCGAAGACCAAAUAGAAGACUCCGCUCCUAGAACUAUUGCCAAAGAAAGAUCUUCCGAACCAGAUCACCAAUACUCACAACCUCCUAAAAAGAGAGUAUUCAGAGAACCUAAUCCGCAAAACAAUAAAAGAAUGAAAUCUUCCGUUGCAUUGGCCACUGCCCAACGUGCAAGUGCUGCAAUUGUGCCUUCAUCAGGUAAGAAAACUACCUUUGAUUAA